AUGGUAGCUGAGGAGAGUGUGCACUACCCCCUCUCGGAUUCUGAGGCACACGAAGAGUGGCUCUGGACCGCACCGCUCUUCGGCGACAACCAUGUCCGCCUCGGGCCCGACAAGCGCGUCUUCGCUGUGCCCAUGUUCCACCAGUUGCAUUGUCUGCGCACAAUGCGGGAGGCCAUAGAGGUUGGACUGACAAGCCUCAGUCCAGGUUUGCAGGGGCAUAUUCAUCACUGCUUCACGUACCUGCGCCAGUGGACUUUGUGCUCGGCGGACGUGACGCUCGAACCAGGCGAUUUCAUGACACGAAAUUUUACAACGGAGAGAGUGGGGGGAACAUAUAAUUGUCUUGAUUGGGAGCCUGUAUACCGUGCGGUGGAAGCGAACUGGAUAGAUUGGAUACAAUGGCGAGACGAGAGCGGGUUGUCACCAUCUGAAGCCGCGUAG